GGGAGGCAGAUGGCCAGGGGCACGGUUUCCAUUUCUUGUAUCCAACGAGUGCAGAGGCGGAGGCGCAAGUCGGUGUCAUUGCUGAGUUUCUAAGCUAUGGAUGACAUCUCCGUUUAUCUACUACUUCACACGGCUAUGUUCAACUGCUUUAAGCCUACACUUAGAGAGACUCGGAACAUGGAGGAAGAAAAAUCAAUCCAACCACCAACUUAUGGCAACCUUGUAACGAUUCUUUCCAUCGAUGGUGGAGGGAUUCGAGGAAUCAUACCAGCUGUUGUUCUCGCCUUUCUUGAAUCAGAGUUGCAGAAAUUUGAUGGAGAGGAAGCCCGGUUAGCAGAUUACUUCGACGUCAUUGCUGGGACCAGCACAGGGGGUCUUGUGACCUCAAUGUUGGCUGCACCAAACAAGAAGAAUAGACCACUUUUUGCGGCCAAGGAUAUUCAAGCAUUUUAUAUGAACCACGCUCCCAAGAUUUUCCCACAGAAGAGGGGUCCGUUUGGUAGGAUAAUGAGGAUAUUCCGAUCACUGUCAGGACCUUCUUAUGAUGGUAAGUACCUUCAUGAAGUUGUCAGAAAGAAGUUAGGAACUACCAGGUUGUGUGAGACUUUAACUGAUGUGGUAAUACCAACUUUCGACAUCAAACGGCUGCAACCAAUUAUUUUCUCGUCCUAUGAGGUUAAGAAUGACAAGUGCAACACAAUGGAUGCUCUACUGUCAGAUAUUUGUAUUAGCACAUCAGCUGCUCCAACGUAUUUACCUGCGCACUACUUCAAGACAGAAGACUACCAUGGGAACACCAAGGAGUUCCAUCUUAUUGAUGGAGGAGUAGCUGCCAAUAAUCCGGCUUUAGUUGCCAUCGGAGAAGUAACCAAGCAGAUAUUCAAGGAAAACCCAGAUUUCUUCCCAAUAAAACCUAUGGAUUAUGGCCGGUUUUUGGUCAUUUCACUAGGCACAGGCUCAGCUAAGUUUGAAGCGAACUACAAUGCACAAACGGCUAAAUCAUGGGGUGUCCUAGGUUGGUUGCUUGGUAGUGGAUCCACUCCCCUGGUAGAUAUUUUCACACAAGCAAGUGCAGAUAUGGUGGAUAUCCAUAUCUCUGCUGUUUUCAAAGCUUUGCAUUCUGAACAAAACUAUCUGAGGAUUCAGGAUGAUACUCUACAAGGGACACUGUCCUCAGUUGAUGUUGCAACCAAGGAAAACUUGGAGAAACUUGCCAGUAUUGGAGAUGCACUACUAAAGAAACCUGUCUCACGGGUAAACUUGGAGACUGGUCAGAUGGUGCCUGCUUAUCGUAGCACAGAGAUGACCAAUGAAGAAGCUCUAAAGAGAUUUGCGAAGCUACUAUCGGAUGAAAGGCGAAUUCGCUGGGCAAGAUCGCCAAAAUGAAGAAAGUCCUGUCCCUUGUGUCCAUAUCCCGAGAACUCCUGAUGACUUCAUUCAUUUAGAAAUUAGUUAAUAUGGUUUGUUGAUACAAAAUUCUGCUGUAACACAAUACACUAUUGUGUAGGUGGCCAUACGAACACUAUGCAUUGACAUUAUUAGGAUCUGCCUGCUUUGUUGGCAUGUAAAAAAUGUAAUCACACUAAUAUUGCUUUUGAAUAAAUAUCGUCAUUUAAUUACUUCCA